CUGACAUGCAUUCCGAGUAUCACCACAGUGACCAUGACCGACAACAUCUUCUACGGAGGAGCACAGAUGACUCGGAGAAGCUCGAAACGGAAUUGGCGUUGGUGUACACCCCGCUCGCUACCGGGAUAUGUUGGGGGGUCAUAGCAUGGCUUACAUUCGAGUGCAUCCCGCUGUUGGUCAAGCGUGCGCACACCGCGCGGGAAGCGAAGAGCCGCAGCUGGUUGUGGUUCUAUAUCGCGUACGUCGCGAUCAUGUUCUGCCUCGGGACGCUCUUCGUCGUUUGUUACGCGAUCCCGCCACAGCUCUACCUCGCUAGCUUCGUUGCUGCGGGUAUGGCGAUGCUGUAUGCUGUAUCAGAGCCAGGCGAGCGCCAAGUACAUUCAAGCGGGCUUAUGCGCACUGUUCUCAAUAACGACCGAGUGUCCGGAUUACUGUGCAUGAUAACGUACUCUCUGCCCAACCCCGCGCUUACUCAUGUGAUACAAUGGGCGACAGCCGUUUCCCGAUGGUACUUCUUCAUGGCGACGUUUUUGAACCUUGGCGCCACCAGCCUGAUGGUGGUUCGCCUGCGCGCAGAGCGUAGAUUCGUGCGUUCUAUGAUGGGAUACACUAACCUCAAUUACACCGGCAUAAUCGCCAUGAUGAUCGAGUCAUGCACGCUAGUAACUCUGUGCUCGAUAACAUACUUGAUAGUCUCUUUCAUCGAUUCCCCCUUUUGCCUUCUUGUGAUUGCGACGAUCGAUGAGGUUCAGGCUAUUGGACCACAUCAUCUAAUGUUCUGGUGGUCCGAAGGUGGAGGAUCCAUUUGGAACGAGUGUGUUAUAUCUUCUACCUACUAUGCCGUGUUCGAGCGCGAUUCAGAGCCGCGGGUUCACCAGAUCUGA